GGGAAGGAGGGCUGUGCCUGCCCCUUUAAGACUGAGUACUCCCUCCUCCCUGGUGGGAAAUAACGUGCUAACACGUUUGGAACUUGCCCCCUUUAAGGGCGUCUUCUCUUUACCAGUCAAUCCACGUGCCAAGGGUCCGCCACAUAAUCGCAUAUUCGUAAACGGAUGCUGCGCUGGUGCUGGCGUGGGAGGGGGCGGCAUCGGCCUGGAAGACACUGUGUCCAAAGUCAAAGGCAUCUCUUACUUGCCCUGCUCGCUUUUUAAAACUUAGGCUUGUACAAUUCAAGGGCAAUCCUUCCUAACAGAGUUAGGCCAGUGAGGUCAGGCUGUUCGAGUCCCUGGGAUUGCAGGGGCAUAAAUGUGGGCUAAUUGAACACUCAAUGAAGGUCUCUUCUGAGUUCACAGACUAGUAGCCGGACAAGCAUUUUGGCCUGCCCUGUGUCUUGAUAUUUUAAUUAAUUGCCCGUGUUUAAAAGUGGGAGUUUAUGUGUAAAUAUUUGGAUUAUCUUGUGAAAUUGGAAGAUCUGGCGACAUGCCCCUGCCUGGCAGCAGUUUGCUGACCCCUUUGGACUGGUUUGAAACAGUUUCCAGUUUGCUACAGCCUGUCUGUUACCUAAUGACCAGUGUGCAUCACCAGUCUGGCCCCUACUCUGCUGGCAUUUGCGCUUGGGACCCCUACUCUUAAAUACUUGCGUGGACAUAAGACUAUUUAAAACACUUAUGCAUAACCGACCAGAGGUCCCAAACAACUGGGGGUCCGGAGAUUCCAGUUGAGAUCAGUUUGACAGCCAGACCCUUAUUCUUUCCCCACGAGGAGCAACUCUUACCAACAGCGACACCCACAAACCUGCGCUAAGGGCGGGACCAAUGGCUUUGAGCCCAGGUUGGAGAGCAUUCGCACCCUUUCCCGUGAACGGCCGUGGUGCCCUUCGGAAGGCUGUCAGAAGCAGUGGUCUUCCCUUGUUCCCCUGGGGCCACUGCCCCUGGAGAGGAACUGGAAGCUUUUUGGACCCUGAGAUGAAAGCUUUCCUGGAGGAGAACACUGAAGUCACCAGCAGUGGCAGCCUCACCCCUGAAAUCCAGUUGCGGCUUUUGACCCCCAGAUGCAAGUUCUGGUGGGAGAGAGCUGACCUGUGGCCCCACAGCGAUCCUUACUGGGCAAUCUACUGGCCAGGAGGCCAAGCCCUGUCUAGGUACCUUCUGGAUAAUCCUGGUGUCGUCAGAGGGAAAUCCGUGUUAGAUGUUGGGAGUGGAUGUGGAGCUACGGCUAUCGCUGCUAAGAUGAGUGGAGCUUUAAGGAUCUUGGCCAAUGACAUAGACCCUAUUGCAGGAAUGGCUAUUACACUUAAUUGUGAACUGAACCGACUGAAUCCUUUUCCCAUUUUAACCAAAAACAUUCUGGAUUUGAAACAAGAUAAGUGGGACCUUGUCGUGUUAGGAGAUAUGUUUUAUGAUGAAGACCUGGCAGACAGCCUGCAUCAGUGGCUGAAGAACUGCUUUCGGGCCCAGAGAACUCGAGUCCUGAUUGGUGACCCCGGGCGACCCCAGUUCAGCGGCCAUGGCAUUCAGCACCGGCUGCACAAGGUGGUGGAGUAUCCGCUCCCAGAGCCCACGAGGCUGGAAAACAACGGCCUGACGACGAGCACGGUGUGGGAGUUUCAGCCUUGAGCCUGCUGAGUGGGACGUUCUCUGGGGGGCCAUUAUCGAGGUACUUGCAGUGUGGAUGCAGCUACGUCUGGGUUUAACCCUAGAAGGAGCUCCAGUUCAAAGAAUGCAUGUUCAAUGUUAAAUGGCAGGUCUUGUUCUGUCAGCCUUUGUCAUGCAGACUUGUUCUGUGUUACGCCAAAUACAGAAAUCUCUCUCUCUAGUUUUUUUUUCCUAGUUCUACUGCUGUAGUAAUGUAAUUACAGAAGGCAAAACCCAAUGAUGACAACAUGUGAUUUAAGUAGCAGAGAGGAAUCAGAUAUUGUAGCAGAGUGUAUCUUUGAGUUACACUAAUGAUGAUGUGUCUUUGAGUUAAACAAAAUACAGAAGAAUACUGUAUUUUUUGAAAAAUCACCUGUAAAGGUCAAAGAUGCAGUUAGUGUGGCACGGAGCACAUGGCUUUGGAGUCAGGCUGCUGUCACUUUCCAGUUGGGAUUUGGGGCUGGUAGGCUCUCUGAGCUUUAAUUUCUUCAUAAAACAGUAAUAAAAUUUAAUAAACCGGACCUCGAAGGGUUAUUGUAUUAAAUGAAAGUACAAAGUGCCUCAUACAGGAUUAGUACCUACUAGGGCCCCAGUUCAGGAACAUGGAUAAAAAUACAGGGUUAGAAUUUCCUACAUACUCAGUACUGUGAAACCUUAUGAUGCCUUUUUUAUGGUUUACUGAGGUCAGCUAGAAAUUGGUGAUGCCACCACUGCGCGUCCCGGGGUCAGGAUCUCAUGCAUCAAUAAGAACAUUAGGACGUAAAUGAGAAACAGCGUGAAGAAGAACGUGCACAGUGCACCACUGCUUAUGUAAAAAGGACACGUGCACACAUAUGAACGUGUGUGCAUUUCCUGGCAGUAAACAUAGGAUAUCCCUGGGAAGAUGAGGCGUUGGUACCAGUGGUUACCUUCUGAGAGGGCACCAGUAAAGGGCCAGUCGUUGCGUAGACAGGGAAGUAAGAAAGGUGGAUGGGAGUUUUGGAGCUGGGGUCACAGCGGACCUCGGAAUUUACUUACUCGGGGUUCUUGAACUUUGGACGUCAGAGUUUACUACAACCCAAUGAGUCAGCUCUUGCUGAAUCUAAUUUCCAUUGGUCUACUGGGGCUUAAAACUUAUAAACUCACAAUUUUGAUUCAGCUUUAGUUAAAAUUAAUAGAAACUACAGGCUGCAGUGGCGCUGGCUGGCAUUUGAGAGAAGGGGUUUUGGUUGACAUGCUCUGUGAAAGCUCAGGGUGUUCUGCUGAGUGUUGUCCUCAGCGAGAUAAGGAAGAGGAAACCUGAGCAAGUUACACUCUGGAGAGCUGUGGAAAUCAACUUGAUGAGGCAAAGAGUAGAUUUAAUUUUAAAUAUCUAUAACCCUGUUUCUGUUUUCCUCUCGAUGUAUAAGGAGGGUACAAGAAGGUCUUUGAGAUAUCCACAUAUUACUUAAAAUAUUUAAAAACCGUCCAUAGUUAUAUAAUGGUGAGCCUUGAAAUGACGUCACAGCUUAACAAGCAGGUUUGGAUUGAGACUGUUCACAGUUAAAGAGGUUACUGAUGUAGUGGGAUUAAUGUCCACCACGUUUAUAAUUGUUCCCUACUCACUGCCCUUGGACUUGGUUUCUUUUUUGUGUUCCUUUUUUUCUGCGUUUUCUGAUUUUAAUUGAGCAUUUUGUGUGAUUCCAUCUUCUCUCCUCCCUUAGGAUAUCAACUGUAUUUAUUAAAAGACAUUUUUUUAGUGGUUGUCCUAGUGUUUGCAGUAUGUAUUUACAACUAAUCCAAGUCUACUUUCAAAUAAGACUGCACUGCUUCGCGAUUCUCAGCUUGUUCAGCUUUUAUCUCAUGAGGACAGGAGUGGUGACUUCCUCUGCACACGUCAGAUUA